GUUUCCUUCGAUUUUGGGUGCCGAGAUUUUGGUAUUAAAAAAAACUAGAUUUUUUGUCCGAUUUUUUGAUGCGCGUGAAACCCAAAUGUUCGGCGCCGAAGCAGCCGAAAUCGGCCGCCGAAGAAGGGGGCGUGAUCCCGAGAAUACAAUAUGGCGGCGCACCGCGCCCCCUAUGAGCGGAGCAUGUUGUCGGCGAGCAGUUGACACCUGCCUCCUGCAUCUGUGCGAGAGAUUUUCGUCCUGGAGUGCUCAGGUCAUCUUGCAGAACUGAACUGAGGCAGUUCGACAGUGCCUGUCACCGUUUUGCGGGCGGAGAGAGCGUGAUGUUGGAGAGAGACGCAUGAAAAGUGAGUGUAUGUAUCAGUGGCCGCGAGCAACGCAAAACACAACAACAACAACAAACACAGCCAAGUGUAAAAACCUUCGCACCUGGGAGUCUCGGCUGUAGAGGAGCGUAAACCUGACAGAAUGUACGGCAAGGGCAGCGGGCGCCCUGGACGGGAGGACGACAGCCAAGUUUGUCACGCAGUGGUUGGUGUCGAGCGGGCCCAGGAUGCUUCGCCAGCACCUCAUCUCGAGCCCAGAGGGUUGUUACCGGUAUCAAGAACUAGUGUUGCGGCAGCCCUGUCCGGUAGACUUGGUGCCAUGCGUCCUCCAGUGGUGGCUAGGGAACACUCGCCAUGUGCUGGGCCCAGCCACAAGGGUGUUGGAAUUGGGCAGCAGGGUGCAAGAGGCUGUCCAGGAGGAGGCCAAAGGCCUCAUCAGUUAAAAUUCCUUUUUGAUGAUGUGAAAAGGGCCACUCUUGCCCACCAGAUGGGCGCUCAUUUUAAAGCCGCUUACGCUGUUGACCCGAGCCCAGAUGCAGCCAGCAGUCGUGCAGGUUUUGCUUUGGCGAGCGACAACGAAAGGUCGACGGCGGCACCGAAAAGGCCCCUUGCGCAGCUGCAGCCAAAUGCAACAGGCCUGGCGCAAUCAUUGCCCUGCCACAACCCAGGCAGUGCUGAGCUGCCUCCACCAGCUAAGCCCGCUCGGAGAGGCGACACUCUAUCCGUGGCGAGAAGCGCGCCGUGCAAACUCUUGGCCGUACCCGAUGCAGGCUCCCAUAUUGGCAGCAUGAAAAGAAAAGCAAUGAGGAAAAUAUCCCUUGGAGAGAAUGCCCAUCAAUUAGAAGUGGUACACUCAGAAACUGACUCUCCUCUUCGGAAAAAGACUUUUAAAAGGAAAUGCAAUAUUCCUUUUUGUGAUUCCAAUGAGAGAAAAGACGCUGCUGUAAAAUUCUUUACCGUAACGACGGUUAGAAAGCUGAGAGAGGAAUACUACAGGUUCUGCGAGAUGGCAAGCGACAGAUACAGGAGGCCCCCGAAUCCCCGCUACGCAAUCUAUUGUUGCUACCUCCAUUAUGAUGCUGAAAAUGACUUCAUAAAAAAAUCAGACGAGACACUUGCUUUAAAACCGGGUGUGAGCCCGUUAAAGGUUUAUAAGCAUGAAAUAAAUGGGGAGUACGUGUGGCUUGACUAUCCCUCGCACGAAGCCAUUCAGCAAGCUGCAGAAUCAAGGAGGCAACUUUUUGAUUGUGCGGGCGAAAACGACGAUUGGCCUGAGAGUUUAUCCAGCAAUAAUGAUGGCCAACAGGACCACCAUACGAAAGAAUUGGAAGAGGUCCAGUCUCUCUGUUCUCAGGCACGAUCAACAGCUCAAUCAAUUUCAUCCGCAGGCUCAGAUAUCUUCUCUGGCGAUGAUACAGAGUCGACUUCAUCGAGCUACAGGCCACCAUCUGUCGUGACGGCUUCAAGCACAGAUUCUGAUAUCCAGAUAAGGGGUGGAAAAGCCAAGGAAUAUCGUAAGACUCUGAAAUCUGUUUCGAUUGAGCUCAUGAUGGAUCACCCUGAAAAGUUUUUGGGCGUGCCCCCUUAUGCACUCUUUGUGGUAGAUGAGUUGGCUGCUGCAGUCAGUGGCCCUCAUGCACUUGAGGACGUACUAUUGACUUUGCGACGGGUGAAACUAAUGGAAAGUUAUUCAAUUUUGGGGCUGUACUUCAAUCUAAGUCGCUCAGCUGUGUCUAAAAUUUUUCGAAAAACGCUGCCAACCAUUGCUGAAUGCCUCAAAGAACUGCUUGUGAAUACGCCAACUACACAAAUUAAGUACAAUCUUCCGGUAGCAUUCCGAUACAACUUUAGUAACACUACUGACAUUCUUGACGCGUUUGAAAUCCAAUGUCAGAAGCCAACCGACGCGCUUUAUCAAAUGUUGUCAUACUCAACAUAUAAAGGCUGCAAUACCAUCAAGUACUUGGUAAAUUGCACGCCGGACGGGUUCAUCACAUUCGUUUCCAGAGGCUACGGUGGCCGACUCUCUGACGUUGCACUUUGCGAAGAGAGUGGAUAUUUAAAAUUUUUAACUCCCGGACGUUCUGUAAUGGCGGACCGUGGAUUCAAACACCUCGAGAGUCGUUUAGAGUUGAUUGGUGUCGGAUUAGUUAGACCUCCCAGUGUGAUGAAAAAUAUGCCAUUGUCGAAAAGUGACACACUAAAAACCAAACAAAUCGCAGCGUUGCGAAUUCAUGUCGAAAGAGUAAUCGGGCGGAUUCGAUGUUUUGCCAUGGCUUCCCCUCACAGCAGAACUCCUGUUAGCCAGAUUCCUUUGCUUGACAUGGCUGUAGUUGUUGCUGCUGCAUUGUGCAACAUUGGAACGCCAAUCAUUCGUGUUUAAUUGUUAAGUUUUAUUGUUAAUGAAUAAAUGUAAAGUCUGUCAAUAAGAAUAGAAAAAUGAACUGAUUUGUCUAAAUCUCAAUUAGGUUUUAUCCGACGGUUUUUCUAGAAAUUCUUAAAAAUUGGCCAAUUAUUUUCAAGAUUAGAAAAAUGAUUUGGAGAAAAUUACGACCUCUUUUGAGCAAACGAAAUUAGUAGCUACUGUGGUGAAAAAAAUUAUGAAAAUUUCAUAGUGAUGAGAACAACAAUAUAGUACUCUUGAGUCUUCAAAGUAUCUUUUUAUUUUCUCAAAAAUUACAGACUUUCGAAAGGGGUCUGUGAUUGACCUCAUUGAAAUUUCCAAGUAAUAAGCCUUAAAAAAACUGCACAAAUUCAGAUAGGUGAUUAUUACAUUUCCAGUUACUUCCUCACUGAGGAUAUUCUUCUCAAAUUCGCUGUUUUCACACAAAAUCUGUCUGUUAAUAGCAGUUCAAACUAAAAUAUCUUGCAGUCUUUGAAUCAUUUUUGGGAAGAUCACAGUUGACCAGAACUCUGUAGCGCGUUUAAUCGUUUGCUCUAGGAGAUCAAUGUUCAUCUUCGAACUCUCCCUAAUCUCAGGGUCGGGUGAUGCACUGUCCAUGUACACUUUGACCGAUGUGUACUUUUUGUCCCUUUCAAAGUUUUGACUCGCGACGAUCAGACGCCCCUCUUUUCUCCCACUCAGUUUCAUUUGUAACAGUAGUUGGAGGAGGACUUUCCUCGUUGGCUGGCCAUCUGUUUUCAUGUAAUUUUGUACCGUAGAGUCUUUCGAAGGGCAUUUGAUUUCAAUGAUAAAAUUCUUGGACACCCCGUCUGGAGACGCUGCUAGAUGCGGAUACCUCUUGUCCAGCACAAGUGACCCCUCUUUGAUUUGAAUCCUACAAUCAGCAGCAACUCGUUUCCGCAGCUCCUCCUCUAAUUUCAGGCCCCUCGCCAUUGCAUCUGUCUGCUUCACUUUGGCACCAGCUGACCCAAAAAUGGACAUGGCCAAACGUUCUUUAGCUGCUGCAUUCUCAGCUCCACCAACCUCGGAAAACUUGGAUGCGGUGACGCGCCCAUAGCGGAGCUCUCUCCAAAGUGCCGAUUUGCUUUGUUCAACUGUGUUUACUCUUACUUCGUCGAGUUUUUCGGUCGUGAAGAAUGUAGCAGCAUAUUGAAGAAACUCUCCGCUGCUCUUGUCACGCAGGUUGCUGAGUAUUGCAAAGUUGAACAUUAACCGAUACAUACUUAGAGCGUGAUGAGAGCAGUCGGUUAGCUGUCUUUUCAGCAUGGUGUAAUCUGGCAGUCCACCAAUAACAUUUUUCAGGAAGCUCCCGUCACUUUUAUACCGUGUUGGAAGCUCCAAGGGCUUCUUGGUCCUGGUAAAAUUGGCAGCUGGGAUUCGCUGUUGGGAGACACUGGCCAGUUGCGACUUCCUCCAGUAGCACUGAACCUGAGUGCACGACGGUUCCAUGCUGCGGUAGUGCAGCCACGCAGCCAGUGCCAGCGAGUGCUUGCACAUGCCUGUUAAAAAGCGGGGGCAAAAAUAAUUAGCAAAUGUAAAUAAUUCCCAUAUAUACUACACCCUUAUUAUUAAAGCUUCUAAAUCUUUAACCGUAAAUCUAAUAUCUAAAAAAAUAAACGUAUGUAUCUUUCAUUCACCCGUAUACAGAGUUUUUGCAAAUACAACAUUUUUUAAUACAGUAUCAGUGCAUUGGGGAAAGAAAUUGUUUUUUUUUAACCAGUUUUUCGCAAGCAAUUUCCGCACCAUAGUUUUCUAGAAUAUAUUCUGUAGUGACACUAUUUGGCCUGUUACUGACUUUGGAGGCGCAAUAACCAGACGCCAGCAUCGACAGUCAAGUGCAAUUUACAUCAUGUACUAAUUAAUAUAGCUCAUUACUUUGACUUUAAUAACUACUGUGAAAGAUAAUUUUUUGAGAAAUUGAGCCAGCAAAUGGCAAUUUAAAAAGCAAAAAAUAAGCACGUUAGAGAAAUUUUGACCACUCCGACCGCCAAUUUUUUUAUUUUUACAUGGGAUAUAUGGAAUGAAUAUAUUUCUUGCGCAAGUUAUUUGUAAAAUUUAAUCGUAAAAACCGUUCAAAAUCAGUGGUGAAAAAACAGGGUGGUAAGCAAAUGGAUCCCUGCGCAUAUAUUGUUUUGAGCCUAUUAUAACGAUAGCACAAGAAAAAAAUUAUCUGCCCAUUAUUAUAGGACCUAAUUGUUUAUAACAAGAAAUAAAAUUUAAAUUAUGAUGGUUUUUGUACCACCACGUUUUUAAUCUGUAGCGAGUGCACAAAGUUGAGUUUUUUAUUAUUAGAUAUUGAAUUGAAUUAAAUACUUGAAUGUACUUUGACAAAUUGUGAGAAUAAACAGCUAUAUAGAUAUUGCAAA